AUGCAUAACAACCAUAUGCUUUUAUAGAAAACUAUCGACCGUUCUUCCAAGUAACCUGUAAAGCAGUAGACUUCAGAAAUUUUGAAGCUAACCAAAAAAACAAAAUAAAAAAAGAAAAAACAAUCGAAAAUUUUUCAUAAUUUAGCAGAUUCACGGAACGAUGACCGGCGUUCUCAACUUAGCAUCCGCUGAUGAAUUCAACACAGUCCUUAGGAGUGCCGGCCUGAUGGUUUGCCACUUUUAUGCCGAUUGGGUUGACCAAUGUCGCCACAUGGAAAAGAUCCUUAUCGAAAUGGCCAAUCUACCUGAGUACAAAGGUGUUAAAUUUGCUAAACUGCAAGCUGAAGAUGUACCCGUUAUUUCUCACAAAUAUGGGAUUGCAGCCGUCCCGACGAUAUUGAUACUCAGGCGUAAUCAAGUUGUUGACCGGGUCGAGGGUGCCAAUCCUGGGACUUUAAUCAGCAAGUUGAAACAACAGAUCAAUAACAUAAAAUUGGACAAAUUUCCUGAAGGCGUUCAAUCGUUACCUGCUGGUGGAGAACCAUUAGAGCUUAAUGAGAGAUUAAAAAAGCUUAUAAACAAAUCUGCAGUGAUGCUUUUUAUGAAAGGCUCUGUGGAUGAACCAAAAUGCGGGUUCUCAAGACAGAUCAUUGAUAUUCUAAGAUCGGUAAAAGCUGAUUUCAAAACAUUUGACAUCUUGACUGACAAUGAAGUGCGCGAAGGUUUAAAAAAAUAUUCCGAGUGGCCAACAUAUCCACAGUUGUAUGUCAAUGGAAAACUUAUAGGUGGUUUGGAUGUGGUAAAAGAACUUCAUGCUUCAGGAGAACUUAACGAUAUUUUGCCCAGAAUUCAUAAUCUCGAAGAUAGAUUGAAAUUCUUAAUUAAAAAGGCUCCAGUAAUGUUAUUUAUGAAAGGUAACAAAGAACAACCACAAUGUGGCUUUAGCAGACAGAUGGUUCAUAUAUUAAAUGACUGCAAGGUUUCUUAUGAAACAUUUGAUAUCCUCAAAGAUGAAGAUAUUCGGCAGGGCCUCAAAAAAUUCUCCAACUGGCCAACCUACCCUCAGUUGUACGUGAGAGGAGAACUUAUCGGAGGGCUUGAUGUAGUAAAGGAGCUCCAGCAGUCAAAUCAACUUCUUCCCGCUCUUGCAUUAUCUCCAAAACAUAAUAAAUGUCCAUAAUUUGAUUAAAAAAUAUAUGUAGAAUGUUUUCGAUUGCAUAUGUACAGUGUUUUUACUUCAAAGUGAGAAAUAAACUGGUAAUUAAGUUAA